AUGGCGCACCCCCCGCACAUCACCCAGCGCAACAUCCACUUCAAGUGGUCGCGCAAGCUGACGCCCGCCCUCACCGUGGCCUCGGGCGCCGAGGUGACGUUUGACCUGCGCGACGGCGGCAACAACCAGAUCACGCCCGAGAACCAGGCCACGAUCCUCGAUCACCUCGACUUUGCCACCAUGGACCCGGGCUUCGGCCCCGUCGCUGUCGAGGGCGCCGAGCCCGGCGACGUGCUGCGCGUCGACGUGCUCGCGCUCCAGCCCGCCGCCUACGGCUGGACUGCCAUCCUGGCCGACUUUGGCCUGCUGAGCGACGACUUUCCCACGCCGUCGCUAAAGAUUUGGGAUCUCCGACACGCGGCCGACGGCGGCGGCUACGCCGAGUUCAAGCCGGGCAUCCGCAUCCCCGUCCGGCCGUUUCUCGGCGUCAUGGGCCUCGCGCCGGCCACCGACGAGCCGCUGCCCACCAUCCCGCCGUACGACUGGGGCGGCAACAUGGACUGCAAGCAUCUCACGCAGGGCUCCUCGCUGUUCCUGCCCGUGCAGACGGCCGGCGCCCUCUUCAGCUGCGGCGACGGCCACGCCGCCCAGGGCGACGGCGAGGUCUGCGGCACCGCCAUUGAGACGCCCAUGCACGCGCGCCUGCGCUUCACCCUAGAGAAGAACAAACCGUGGGUGCGCUCGCCGCACUACCUCACCCGCGAGGGCGCCCAGCCGCAUGCGGACCGCGGCCGCGAGUACGCCGUCAUGGGCCUCGAUGUCGACCUGCGCGAGGCCACACGCAAGGCUGUCCGCGCCGCGAUUGAGUGGCUAGGUGCGGAAAAGGGCCUCGCACGCGACGAGGCGUACAUGCUGUGCUCAGUCGUCGGCGAUUUGAAGAUUGUUCAGGCAGUCGACAUGCCGCACUAUGGCGUCGUCUGCGCGAUUCCGCUGAGCAUUUUUGUUGACGAAUGA